GCUCUAUUUUUCAUAAAAGAAAGAAACAUGAGAAAGAAGGGCCGCGAGAAACGUCCGGAGGAACAGUCACGCGCCACCGUUAAGCGGAAGCAUACUCACUUUGAACAAUUUCAUUAUAACAAACAAACCAAGAGGCUAAAAUGGGUGUCAACCGAAACCAAAACCGUCACGUUAAAACCUGACCCGGUUCGAAACCUGCCGGUUUCGAACAACGGUUUCGAAGCCAUUCGUCCACGCACUUCUUCGUUUCGGAGGCACAAUAAGAGGCGAAAGAGAAGCAAUUGCAGCAGUUCAGAAGGUUCCCGCAAGUGGGUCUUCUCUUCCCGCGAUUGUUCUAAUUAUAAAGAUAAACUUGUCAUUGUUUCAUAUAAUAUACUUGGUGUGGAAAAUGUGGCAAAGCACCCGGACUUGUAUCUUGAUGUUCCAUCAAAGUACUUGGAGUGGAACAGACGUAAAGACCUAAUAUCUGAGGAGGUCAAUCGUUACAAUGCAAGCAUCCUGUGUUUUCAGGAGGUUGACCGCUUUAAGGAUUUAGAUGAUCUUCUUCAGAAAGAUGGCUUUAAAGGUGUUUACAAGGCUCGCACAGGUGAUGGAUGUGAUGGUUGUGCUCUAUUCUGGAAAGAUAAAAUAUUUACCCUUUUGCAAGAAGAAAAUAUAGAGUUCCAGGAUUUUGGCCUUCGCAAGAAUGUUGCUCAACUUUGUGUUUUGAAGAUAAAUCAACAUCAAUUAGAGCCUGAUUCAUGUAGAAAACGAUCAAAGAUAACACCCAUGCAAAGUCGAAGUUUAUUGGUUGGAAAUAUACACGUGCUGUUCAACCCAAACCGUGGAGAUAUCAAGCUAGGCCAGGUGCGGCUAUUUCUGGAGAAGGCUUACAAGCUAUCACAAGAAUGGGGCAGCAUCCCUGUUAUACUUGUUGGAGAUUUUAAUAGCGUUCCUCAGAGUGCUAUUUAUCAAUUUCUGGCAUCAUCUGAGCUUAAUGUCCAACUUCAUGAUCGCCGAAGGAUUUCUGGGCAGCUUGAAUAUCCAUCACAGGGCAGAGAAAUCAGAGCUCAAAAUAAGUAUAUAGCAAGGCGCCAUGUUUGGAUGCCUCUCUCCAGGCAGUUAUCAUAUACAUGGAGCAAUGAAGAAUUAGUGCUUGCAACUGGCAAUGAAGGUGUCACUCAUCUGCGGCACAAAUUGAAACUUUUCAGUGCUUAUGCCGGUAUUCCUGGGAGCAGCAGAACAAGAGAUAGUCAUGGGGAGCCCUUGGCAACUUCAUACCACUCUAAGUUUAUGGGAACUGUAGAUUAUAUUUGGCAUACAGGUGAACUUUUUCCUGUGAGAGUUCUUGAAACAUUACCCAUUGAUACAUUGAGAAGAAAUGCAAGCCUUCCCAAUGAGAGAUUGGGUAGCGACCAUCUUGCUCUUGUAUGUGAACUGGCCUUUGCUGAUGAUCUCAAGGGAGCCUGAUUGUUCUGCUCAUAGACUCAUACUUCUUAAGGUUAUGGUUUCUUGGUGAUCUGAAACUAUGCAGAAACAUCCUCUUUGGCAUGCAUAAGGGCAAUAAAUUAUCAGUUAAGGCUAACGGGAUAAACGAGGAAGGCUCCCAUUGAGAUAUUUUGCUGAUUUACAAAGAAUUAUGAAGGUCAGCCUUUGGCAGUCUGAGAUGAAGCAUCCCCGCACAAGAAAAUGGUGUUCAUUUACAUGUACACAAUUAUAACAAGAAUCCAAAAUUUUAAUUCUGUUUUCGGAUGAAAGAACAAUGUCUUCUGAUUUUUUUUUUUCAUUUCAAAGAAACCUUUAAUCCUGAUAGAGAUAGUCUUUAGAAAACUAUGACUUUGUUCAUAUGAAAGAUUUGAGCUGCAGCUCAAGCCACUGACUAUGAUUUGAUUAAACCAACAAAUUUGUUGUUUGAAUUAGGGCUUUGCCAGUGGAUCGAAAGAGAGAAGUCAGACUCUUAAAAAUGUUGAAACCCCUUUGUUCAUUGAUUGAAGCUGCUGAUGAUUUUGCACCUAACAUCUUCAAUCAAAACAUAAUAAAGGGAAAGAGUCUUUGCAGAUGUUUGAUACCUGAAAAGUUGAAAGGGAAAGCCAUGAAUCAGACUGCUGCUUUGGUUAAGAAAAAUUCUGAAACGAAGUGAAGUCGGUGGAAAGCAAGAAAGAGAAAAAGAGAGUUUCCAAAGUCAAAUGAAGGGUCAUAGUGGAGAGGAAGGCCCAGUAAAUCUGCAAGGCAAAGCAAUCUCCUUUCAGCGGCCUACAGCCUGACACCAAGCUAUACACCAUGUAUUGUUUGUUCCCAUCUUUUUCUUUAUUUAAUUCUCUCUUUGCAAAUGGAUAUGUUUUAUAUUUUAAUCAAAACAAAGUGGGGUUCUUGUGAUAGGGUUAAGAAGUGUUAUAAACAAGUAAAAGAAGUAAUAAAGAUCAUUUAUUCGAGUUAG